UGAAGGAGCCGGUCCGCUCGCUGCCUCCGCUGUCAAUGGCUCUCUGGACCUAUUUUAUGUGAAUGCCCGGGCCCUCAAAGUGACCGAUAAUGGAUAUUCUGUGGAUAUUAUGGAGCUUACCGGCCGUCAUAGCAGUGGAAGAGACACUCAUGGACUCCACCACGGCCACCGCAGAGCUAGGCUGGACGGUCUACCCCGUGUCAGGGUCGAGCGACAACAGCUGGGAGGAGGUGAGUGGUUAUGAUGAAAACAUGAACACCAUCCGGACGUACCAGGUCUGCAAUGUUUUUGACAACAAUCAGAACAAUUGGGUACGGACAAAGUAUAUCCGGCGUCGGGGCGCACAGCGGAUCCACGUGGAGAUGAAGUUUUCUGUCAGGGACUGCAGUAGCAUCCCCAACGUACCAGGCUCCUGCAAAGAGACCUUUAAUCUCUAUUACUAUGAGUCUGAUUCCGACACGGCCACCCGGACUUCACCAGCUUGGAUGGAGAACCCCUGGAUCAAGGUGGACACCAUUGCAGCCGACGAGAGCUUCUCCCAGGUGGACCUGGGAGGCAGAGUGAUGAAGAUCAACACUGAGGUCCGGAGCUUCGGUCCAGUGUCACGAAAUGGCUUCUACCUGGCCUUUCAGGACUAUGGCGGCUGCAUGUCCCUCAUCGCUGUGCGCGUCUUCUACCGGAAAUGCCCCCGUAUCAUCACGAACGGGGCGUUGUUUGGAGAGACACUCUCAGGGGCAGAGAGCACCUCCCUCGUUGCUGCAAGAGGUGUUUGUAUCCCAAACGCAGAGGAGGUGGAUGUGCCAAUUAAACUGUACUGCAACGGAGAUGGAGAGUGGAUGGUGCCCAUCGGGCGCUGCAUGUGCAAGUCUGGGAACGAAGCUGUGGAGAACGGGACAGUUUGUCGAGCUUGUCAGUCAAACUUCUUCAAGCCGACUCAAGGAGACGAGCCCUGUUUGCAGUGUCCCAUCAACAGCCGCACCACCAGCGAAGGCGCCACUAACUGCGUCUGCCGCAGCGGAUACUAUCGCACCGACUCCGACCCGCUCCAGAUGCCAUGCACAACUGUCCCUUCAUCUCCUCAGACCGUUAUCUCCAUUGUCAAUGAAACCUCUGUGAUGCUGGAGUGGAUGCCCCCCAGGGACUCCGGGGGCCGCGAGGACGUGGUCUUCAACAUCAUCUGCAAGAGCUGCGGCGGAGGCCGGGGAGGCUGCACCCGCUGCGGGGACAAUGUUCAGUUUGUGCCCCGUCAGCUGGGCCUGACGGAGACCCGGGUCUACAUCAGUGACCUGCUGGCCCACACGCAGUAUACGUUUGAGGUGCAGGCUGUCAACGGGGUGUCAGAUCAGAGCCCCCUCUCCCCCCAGUAUGCCUCUGUCAACAUUACCACUAACCAGGCUGCUCCAUCUACUGUAUCAAUAAUGCACCAGGUUAGUCGCACUGUGGACAGCAUCACCCUCUCCUGGUCCCAGCCUGACCAGCCCAACGGCGUCAUCCUGGACUAUGAGCUGCAGUAUUAUGAAAAGGACCAGUCAGAAUAUAACUCUUCCACUAUCAGGAGCCAGACCAACACAGUGGUCAUCCGUGGCCUCAAGCCAGGGGGCAUCUACGUAUUCCAGGUCCGGGCCCGCACCGUGGCCGGGUUUGGACGCUACAGCGGCAAACUGUACUUCCAGACCAUGACUGAGGAGGAAUACAACACCAGCAUUCAGGAGAAGCUUCCUCUCAUCAUUGGAUCGGCAGCUGCUGGUUUGGUUUUCCUCAUCGCUGUGGUCGUCAUCAUCAUCGUCUGCAACCGGAGGCGUGGCUUUGACAGGGCCGAUUCGGAGUACACGGACAAGCUGCAGCACUACACCAGCGGCCACAUGACUCCAGGAAUGAAGAUUUAUAUUGAUCCGUUCACAUAUGAGGACCCCAACGAGGCUGUGAGGGAGUUUGCCAAGGAGAUUGAUAUUUCCUGCGUGAAGAUUGAACAAGUCAUUGGUGCAGGAGAGUUCGGGGAGGUGUGCAGUGGAAAUCUAAAGCUGCCGGGUAAAAGGGAAAUGUUCGUGGCCAUCAAAACUCUCAAGUCGGGCUACACGGAAAAGCAGAGGAGGGACUUCCUGAGCGAGGCCAGCAUCAUGGGCCAGUUCGACCAUCCUAACGUCAUCCACCUGGAGGGAGUGGUCACCAAGAGCAGUCCCGUCAUGAUCAUCACCGAGUUCAUGGAGAAUGGAUCUCUGGACUCCUUCCUCAGGCAAAACGAUGGUCAGUUUACAGUGAUCCAGCUCGUUGGUAUGCUGCGUGGCAUCGCCUCGGGCAUGAAGUACCUCGCCGACAUGAACUACGUGCACCGUGACCUCGCUGCCCGAAACAUCCUGGUCAACAGCAACCUUGUGUGCAAGGUGUCGGACUUCGGCCUCUCGCGCUUCCUGGAGGACGACACGUCAGACCCUACCUACACCAGUGCUUUGGGUGGGAAGAUCCCGAUCCGAUGGACUGCACCUGAAGCCAUCCAGUACAGGAAGUUCACCUCCGCUAGUGACGUGUGGAGCUAUGGGAUCGUCAUGUGGGAAGUCAUGUCCUACGGAGAGAGGCCUUACUGGGACAUGACCAAUCAAGAUGUAAUCAACGCCAUAGAGCAGGACUACCGACUGCCUCCACCCAUGGACUGUCCCAGCGCGCUCCACCAGCUCAUGUUGGACUGUUGGCAGAAGGAACGAAACAACCGGCCCAAGUUCAGCCAGAUCGUCAACAACCUGGACAAGAUGAUCCGCAAUCCCAACACGCUAAAGGCCAUGACUCCACUUUCUUCAGGUGUUCAUCUGCCUCUCCUGGACCGCAGCAUCCCCGACUUCUCCAGCUUCAGCACUGUGGACGAGUGGCUGGACGCCAUCAAGAUGGGCCAGUACAAAGACAACUUCGCCAGUGCAGACUUCUCUACAUUCGAUGUGGUGUCUCAGAUGACCAUGGAGGACAUCCUGAGGGUUGGUGUGACAUUAGCGGGCCAUCAGAAGAAGAUCCUCAACAGCGUCCAGAUGAUGCGGGCACAGAUGAACCAGAUCCAGUCGGUGGAGGUUUGACCCUUCCGAGCGGAGGGGGGGGAGAAGUCGGGAUGCAGGGUUCUGGGUGCAGAGGGUGGAGUGGAUGUUUUUUCUCUUUUUUUAUUUUGCGUGACAGUGCGUCUGGUCCUCCCCCCAGACUACCAUUCAUCCCUCGUUCCCCUCUCCACCUCCCUCUCUCCUCCUCUCAUCCCCUCACCCUGACUCUCCCUCCAUCCUUGGAAUUGGAACUCCAUGUGAUGGGGCGUCAGACGGCCGUCCCGCCUCUGGAGCCUGAAACACGGGAGGUUAGAAGUGACCACACCACCUUCUUUUUUUUUUUUUAAACUUCCACGAAUUUUAAUUUGAUGUUGAACAUUUUAUUGUUUUGGUUUUUGUUUUUCCUGCUAAUUUUGUAAAGAUUUUUUUUUUAAAGAAAAAACUGAUGAAAAGGCAACAAGGAGUUUAUCUACAUUUAUAGAUGAUAUAAGGUUGUUACACUAGAUGAACUGAGUAGGAAAGCUACCCUUUAAAAGGGCAAAAGACAAAAAAAGAAUCAAGGAAGAGUUGAGGAAAUCGUCCUCGAGGGGACGGCCUUUGUCGUUUUUAGUUUUUUGGACAUCAUGAGGAAACGGAGUUCUCUGUGGCCUCUGGGACGCGGAGGAGAGCGAGGGACCCAACGUGCACUUCCACCUGUUUCCACCAGGAGAGAAAAUACAAUAAAAAGAAACGGACAACUUUUGACACAGACUGAUGUCAAAACAACUUCAUUCAGACUGAUCAACAAUCAUGAAAAAAGAAAACACUAAAAAAAAAAAAAAAAAAAAAAUAUUGCAAGUAAUUUUUCUAUAUUGUGUGAAAUUUUGUGACGGAGUUUUUCCCUCUCACCAUGCUUCCUUCUCACGAUAGACCAGUUUCUUUUGUUUUUCAUUUGUUUUUUUCCUUCACGGUGAAAUAUUCACAGCCUGCCAAAUAGAACUCUUCCCUGUCUUUGCACCCCCAACCCCAACAACACCCAUCAAGGUCCUGUACUGUAAAUAUCAGAUGCACUUGAAACCUGUCGGAACGUGACGACUCAGAGACGUUGGAGCUGAUCAGUACAGGAAGCAGACGAGCUGAGGAUUUCUGUUUCCGAUUUGUGAGAAAAAAAAAAAGUAGUUUGUGAGAAAACAAAAAAAACAACAACAAACAUGAACACACCGACGUCCACGUGCAAACAGGAUGUCCUGUUCUAGCUUCCUCCUCAGCACAUCAGACCACGUGCUCAUGGCAGCGGUGGCUCCGGGGGGGGGGGGGUCGGGACUCUUGUUUGAUCGCAUGCUGAGUGAGUGGUUAAUUUCACAGUGCUUUGAUUUGAUUCAAUUACUAGAAAACUCUCUGUUUGGUUAAGAGCUUGGAUUUGACACACUUUUACAGAAUACAGUGUGGCUGCCUUGUAUUUAACUCGUUCCGCUUCUUCCAAUUUUCCUUUUGAAAAGACAUUUUCUUUAAAUGUUUUAAAGUAUUAAAGUUUUAAUAGCACACGUGGUUGUUUUACCCACACGGUCACAGGUAGACUUUUUACAAUCAGGCCUUUGUUGAAUUACACACAAAAAAUGCAACGUGUUAUUUUAUUGCAAUUUCUGUAUGAAUAUUAUUGGAUUGUUAUUAUUGUUAUUAUUAUUAUGACUUUUUAGAUGAUUUUUUUUUCUGCACUGAGUCUCCUGUUUGACUCCGAACACUCUGGAUCCUCCACAAAUGCUUUUGAACUUAGAUUUUGGGGAAAUGAAUCAUGUUGGUGCACACAAAAAAAAAGACAAAAAAUGAAACUUGUAGAUAAAACAGCUUUUUUUCCCUGUAACAGGUUUUGAUUUCACUUCGGAGACAGUGUAUGCAGUUAUUGUUUGGUUUCCUGUGAACGAAGCUGUCUCACGAGAACAGAACUGUCAGUUAUUGUUUGUGUUGUCGUCGCUAACCUGGUGUAAGGUCACGGGGUGAAAGAUGGAGUUCGUAGCAAUGCAACGAUUCCCCGGAGAUGCUAAAUCAGGGGGGGGGGGGUAUGUAUGAAGCCGGUAAAUGAUAUCGGCCGAGCAGAGCUCCCACUGGGCCGUGCUCUGAGACCUGACAGCUAGACACGGACGUCCAGCUGUGAGUCAUCGGUCAGAUGUGCCCGGUCGCAGCAGGGCGGCCCCACCCCGAUCACAGCCGCUCUGUCCAGGCACUGAUUCCCUCCCUCUCUCUCUCUCUCUCUCUCUCUCUCUCUCUCUCUCUCUCUCUCUCUCUCCCCUUGAUCACAUCCAUGCUUGCCGGACCACCUGUCCGCCGCUCCCACUGAUCUCCUCGCUGUCGGCUUUUCAGCAGUUGUCCGGUCGUGUCUCUGUGAGUGUGAGAGCAUCGAGGCUGGCGCCCUUCAGUGAGGCGGUCGGAUCUUAUGUUGUCCUGAUAAAACAAUGCUUCCAGUUUUCGGGUUUGACCAAAUCCUCAGAUCUGGACCCGAGUUCUUCUGGUUUCACUACAGACAGCUUGAGCACCAAAGCCCCGGUUAAAGAAAGUGAGAAACCUCAGUUACUGCAGCCUUGUCGUUCCAAUUUUUUUUUUUUUUAAUUCUCUUUGUGCCCCAUAAUCCUCCCUUUUUUAUAUUUUCAUAUGCACUGCAACACAUAAGAAGGAAUCGUUUCCUGGAAGCUUUUAUAACGUAUAAAAAGUGGGGGAGGAGAAUCACGAGCUGUUAGUCACAGCAGCGAAAGCCGGAGAAAAGUGAUGCUGUGACCUAAAUGCCACUGAUGCCAACAUGCAUUUUUGUUUUUUUUUCUUACAGAGCUUCAGACUGUCUUCCUUUUCCAUGUCGCCACACUUAACAGCUCAUCAGUUUUAUUUAGCGAGGCUGAGGCUGUACGUCUUCUCGUGGUGCAGCAAAUAUUCCGUCUGCAGGAAAAACACUUAAUGUUGUUCAAGAAAUGAAUCUGAAGUCCGCGCAGGACCAGAGACUUUCUGCUCCAGGCCUAUUACAGCUCAUUCAGAUGCUUGUCCGUGGACACUGCCAAGACGCAGAGUUAUUAAUCAAGCAAUUAUCCUUGAACUGUGCUUCAAGGAUCCUCCCUCAACUGGGUGGGCAGGCAUGAAAUAAUGCUGAAGAAGAUUUUUCUUUCUUUCCUUGCAGCUCGGAGACUUCCAGUCCCGGCUGAGGGGGUUACUUUGUUGUUUCCAGUUGAAUCUGAAGGAGCUUGAAUUGAAUGUGGAGUGUUUUGGAAGCACUGCAUGAAGUAUUUAUGUAUCGUAUUAUUUUGAUGUCACAAAAAGAGAUGUGUAGUCGCAGCUCGGGGCUGAGCAGCGAUCAGAGGGAGACGGAAUCAAGUCUGUCCUCUUCAUGUUUCAAGAGAACCUGGUUUCCCUGGCUACUCCUUCUACACCAAACGCCCAAGCUGUGAAAAACUCCAGUGUUAAACAAACCAGUAACAAAUUCAUCUGGUACAAUUUAAAAAAAAAAAAAAAAAAAAAAAAAAGAAAUAUAUGCUGGGCACAUCUCUCAAAAGGUUUUUUACUUCAUCUUUAUCGCCUCCCUGAGAUGAGACUGAAUAUUUCCUUCAAGGGAAAUUUUUAUCCAUAACUGUCAAUGUUUUUACAGUGCAAAACUGCAGUCACAUAUAUAUAUAAAUAUUUAUAUAUAUGAAUUUUGGAUCACUGACAGAUUAAAAUCUGCUUUAUUUCAAAUCAAUAUGUUCUGUGUACAGAAAGGUUUUGUCACCUUUUUAGUUCAGUGGCUUGUUUCCCUUCCAAAACAUUUCUUUACUGCUUUUUCACUUCCCAGAAGAAAAAAAAAUAUGUAUUUAACUUUACAGAUGUAGUUUUAUUGCAAAAUUUCAUAGUUUUAUAGCAGCAAAACUACGUCAUCUACACAUUCAGACUCCAGUUUCUCUAGUUUCAAGGCUUUUUUAAAAGAGUUUUCCUCUGGAAAUGGAAGUAGAUGCAACAUGGCUCUGACGGUUUCACUUGAUGUCUUUCUAUACUGCAGCUUCUCAGCCAAACCUUCUGUGCGUCCUCCUCUUACAUCUGUGAAGCAAAAGUAAAAAACCAGUCCAGCCCUGUCCUCGCCGCGUGCCAAUAUUUGAAGGACGGAGAGAAACCGUUAAGUCUCAGUGUUACGGCUACAUGAUAGUGUGCGUAAACAGAACCUGUGCCAGCUCGUCCCCACCGGGCUCCGUUUGAACGCCACCCAACGACAGCAUGGUCGGAGCAAAGAGGCCUCCUGUUGUAGCAGACAGAAAAUGGCUCCCGUGCCACGGCUGCUGCGCGAAGCACCAGAGCGCCCUCUGCUGCUGCGGUGGUCACAUGUAGCACGUUGACCUCAGGUCCAAGGUGGUCUGUGAGCGCUGCAGCCGGCAGAGCUCCAGUGUUGGGGACACAUGCUCAGACAGACUCAUACCACUACAGCAUCCUGCCACUGCCACCCCCCCCCCCCCCUUACGUCCCAGUGUUCCCACUCUGUUUACUCGUCCCUGCGUCCAGCCCACCACCACCACCACCACUCCGGCCAUUGGUCAGUGCAGGCGGGGGGUGCUCCAAACGUCCCCCUGGUUUGUCGAAGCCCACGUUCUAGACCAGUGCCGGUUCAGACCACUGUGACUGAUGUGGGACUUCCUGUAUUUCUGUAUAAAUGUAUAUUGACUGUAACCCUGUGAAUGAUGUAACAAUUUCAUUAUUUGUAAUAUUGUCAUUGGUUUAUUUUCUAAAAAUGGAAAGCCCAACUUGACUCUCCUCAAUAAAAAUAAGAUCUGUUA